AUGACGGACGCCGCACAUCCCGACCCCGCGCGCCGCCGCGCUGUCGCAGCCGAGAUCCGCGCCGCAUGCCUCAACCAAGGCUUCUUCUAUCGUGCUACAUUCAAGAACCACGGGGUUUCGCGGGACGUCGUAGACGCCGCUUUUGGCCAGUCGCAUGCGUUCUUUGGUUUGGGAGAGGAGGUGAAGCGGUCGAUCGACAUAUCCAAGUCGUCCAAUUUUCGCGGGUUCAUGGCGCUGCAGACCGAGUCGCAUGACUCCACGGGCAAGGGGGAUUACCAUGAGGCAUUCAAUCUCGGCCUCGACCCGUCGCUUGCGCCAGACAGUAUGGGCGUGGGGAGGGAUAGCAAGCUGCAGCACGGGGAGAACCUCUGGCCCGAGGCUGAGAUGUGGGACGGCGCAGCCCAGUUCAAAUCAGCCACGCUCGCAUAUUACUCCGCGAUUCUCGCGCUCGGCCAACGCCUCUUCCCACUCAUCGCGCUCGCGCUCGACCUCCCCGAAGACUUUUUCAGCGACAAGAUUCAGCACCCGGCGGCGAUUAUGCGCCUGCUCUUCUAUCCUGCGCUCGGCGCCGCCGAGCCCAUCCCGGGUAUCGGGGCACACACCGACUUUGAGUGCUUCACGAUCUUGAAGCAGGACGACGUGCCCGCGCUCCAAGUCGCGAACCGCCGCGGCGAGUGGCUCGACGCGCCGUGUAUCCCCGACACUUUUGUCGUGAAUAUCGGCGACCAGCUCGCGCGGUGGACGAACGACAUCUUCGUGUCUACGCGCCACCGCGUGCUAGCCACCCCCGAUAGAGACCGGUACUCGAUCCCGUUCUUCUUCGGGUGCGACCACGACGUGGUCAUGCACCCGAUUCCGACGUGUGUCAGCGCCGACCGGCCCAACCGGUACGAGGUGAUGACGGCGGGAGACUAUGUGCAUCAGCGCUUGAGCGAGGUGUACGCGGCGGGGUUGAAGGGGCCGGAAGGGGCGGAGAAGGUUGAGGCGAAGUAGUCAUGAGCAGAGUGCGAUAAGGAUGCACUUUGGUAAUUAUCUCGAGGCUGAAUGAAAUGCGCCCAGUUUGAC